CGGCACUCCCUUUGCGCGCGCGCAUGUUGCGUGCUUGCUCGUCAUGCUCCCCCGUCCCUGUGCCCCUUGCGCAGCCGCCGUCCGGAUUAGGUGCCCCUUGUUGGACAUUGCCGCGGGUGAUGAUACGGAGGGACCGCGCCUGCUGGUCGCCCGGCCGACCCCCGGGCCUCGUUUGUAUUCCCGUCGCGGGGAACUGAACCCUCCCACAUGAGCCGCUCCACCGUUUGAUAAACGCUCUACCGCACAGGAACAGCGCGGCGGCAGGCCGCACCGCCCGGGGGGAGUAUUUGCUGGUUGAUUGAUAUACUGGGCUCCUUGUUCACGCUUUGUUUCCCCCCGUCAUUGCCGGUAGUCGCACACGAUCAUGUCGCGCGCGCAGAUGCAGGACCCCGAGAAGCUGAAGGCGGUCGACGUGAAGGACCAACUGGCGGACGAUGUGGACGAGCUGGACACGGAGACAGGCGUCGAUCGGGCGUAUGAGCUCAAGUGUGCCCUCGUAAAUCGCACGCUGCAGGAAGAGAUUGGCUUCGGUCGCUACCAGCUCGAGCUCUUCGCCCUCACCGGCCUUGGUUGGAUGGCCGACAACAUCUGGCUCCAAGGCAUCGCCGUCGUCCUCGGGCAGGUCCAACAAGAGCUCGACCCCACGCGCAUCGAGUUCGCCACGCUCGCGCUCUACGUCGGCCUCAUCAUCGGCGCGUCGACAUGGGGCGUGCUCGCGGACGUGAUCGGGCGGAAGUUGUCGUUCAAUAUCACCCUCUUCAUCGCCGGCGUCUUCGGCAUCGCAGCGGGCGCGGCACCCAACUUCACCGCCUUUGGCGCGCUCGUAGCUUGUGUCGGGUUCGGGAUAGGAGGGAAUCUGCCGGUGGACGGCGCGCUGUUCUUGGAGCACAUCCCCCAAUCGCAUCAGUGGACCCUCACUCUCCUCUCUGCUUGGUGGGCCAUCGGGCAGCUCGUUGCCUCGGUCGUCGCAUGGGGCUUCAUCGCGAACUACUCGUGCGACCCCAGCAUCGCGCAAGGCGAGUGCAUGAAGGCGGAUAACAUGGGGUGGAGAUAUACAUGCUACCUCCUAGGCUCGAUCACCUUCCUCAUGUUCGUCGCGCGCUUCAUCAUCUUUGACCUGCAGGAGUCGAGCAAGUACCUGAUCGCGAAGGGCCGGGAUGAGGAGGCGUUGGCGGUCCUCCAGCACCUCGCGAAGCGCAAUGGGCGACAGAUUAGCCUCACGAUCGAGGAUUUCAAGAGCAUCAAGGGCGGUCAGGUGCAUGUGACGACGAAGGAUAUCUUGCGGAGGACGUUCUCGCAGAUGAAUCUCUCGCACAUCAAGCCCCUCUUCGCCGGUCGGAAGCUAGCGAUUAACACCAGUUUGACGAUCCUGUUAUGGGGUCUGAUCGGCCUCGCGUACCCGCUCUACAACGCCUUCCUCCCUCUCUACCUCGCCGAGCGCGUCGACGCGGACUCCUCCACGUACACCACCUACCGCAACUACACCAUCAUCUCCGUCGUCGGCAUCCCCGGCUCCGUCCUCGCCUGCCUCAUCGUCGACUGGACGCGGGGCGGGAAGGACGCGGUGGACGAGGAAGAGGGCAGCAGUGUCGAGGGUAGCGAGGGCGAGAAGACAGACGCUGCGCCCACGAAGCGCAAGACGAAGUUCAGCCUGGGCGGCCGGAAGCUGAGCAUGGCGAUCAGCACGCUGCUGACGGGGAUCUUCCUGUUCCUGUUCACCACGAGCGCGAACGAAGCUGCGGUGCUCGGUUUCUCGUGCGCCUCAGGUCUCACGCAGAACGCGAUGUACGGUGUUUUGUAUGCGUAUACGCCGGAGGUCUUCCCCGCCCCUCACCGCGGCACCGGCGACGCUGUCUGCUCCGCCUUCAACCGCAUCACUGGUAUCCUGGCACCCGUCAUCAAGAUCGCCACGACCUCGUCCGCAGGCGGUGCUGCAGCAGCGAAGGCCAACGGGCCGAUUUUCGUUUCUGCAUCCCUGUUCGUGGUAGCGUCGAUAGCGAUGACGCUGUUGCCGAUCGAGACCGCUGGAAAGGCCGCGCUAUGAACGUAUUCACGACACGCUCAUGACUUUCUUGUAUUCCACGAAAAGCGCGCGCCUGGCGAAAUAUCUAUGCCCGCCCGCUGUUGUUGUACUAACUAAUGUUAUCUCAUUCAAAUCAUCUUUAUGAU